AUUAAUGCUACCGAGAGACCACUUGAUCUGUCAUAUCAGCGUCAUGCAAUUAAACCCGAAUUCCAUGAUACUCUGCGUCAAGCAUGCCACGAACUAUUUGACCAUGGUACCGAGGCAGCAAUUCGUGAAUCUAUACUAGCUACUAAAUUCCUUGAUACGAUCCGUUUGAUAAUAAAUUCCAACAAUGAAUAUGGCGUCGAUGCCCCAAUGUCCAAGUUUCCAGAAACACUUUCAAAUGCUAGUUCCUCCCCAUCCUCCUCUUUGACUUCUCUACCGACGGGAAUCAACGAGAGAGUUGAUCUUCUCUUGCGUAGUUGGGGAGAGUUUGCUGCAAAGUAUCAAGCAUUGAUUGAAUGCUUUCAAAGGGUCCCUAAUCCCAUCCUUGGGGUCAACUCGCCACCCAUUCUGUCAACUGCUCCUGCACCAUUGGCACCAACAUCCACUACAGUCACUUCGGAGUCUAGUUGUCUACCACCACCUCCACUCCUCACACCUGCUCCACCUGUCCCGGUUCAUCCAUUGUGGAAAAUGAGCUAUCCCCGGUAUGAACAAAUUGAACACUCUCUACCUCUCCAUGCUGUUCCCUCUCCCCAGAUGCCAAUAAAUUCUGACGAUGGAUUGUUUGUGCUGAGUCUUGCAGCUGGAUCGAUCGCCUCCCGCGACACCCCUGAAAUGGGUCCGCUUAAUGUGGAUGUUACCUCACUUCCUGUGGGGACUUCAGUUGUCCCUCAUCCACACUCCGAUAUCGGACAGAGGAUGACCGAGUGGACCCAAUCGCGUCCUCUGCCACCUCCAACGCCGGGUCCAUCGACUUCAAUUACCCCUGUUGGACGUUGUCGAGCUCAAAGUGUGUCGAGUAAACUCGACCGAGCGCAGAAUUUGUUCGAAAAUCCCAUUAAUAUAUGGCCUACGAACAAUUUUGCUUCUGAAGCACUUAGUAAGUGA